AUGGCUCCCGAUUCUUCUUCGGAUCAUCCCCCACAGUGCCCAUGCAUUGCUAUCACAUUCACUGGACCGAAACCGAAAAAUGGAAGGAGAGUGUUCGAUUCGUUUCUCGAGGCAAACAAGGCUUGUUUCUGGAAUCGAGAUUUAGUCGCCGCGAUGGAUUCUCUAAUCUAUAUGGGUUUUAUGAGACCGGGUACUCUUUUCAUCAGCGCUCCAUCCAUCCAUCUACAAACGAUUCGGAGUGCGUGGGCUCGUCGAGUGCUCAAGGCAGCUUCAGGAUAUCAAAUCGCGUCACUAGGAGACCUUGGCGCCAUCCAAACUGUUCAGCAGACACACUUUGUCCCAUUGGGUGAUGUGCUUUGUGAUGCGAUCGCUUAUCUCAAUAGAAAUGGCCAAGCAGCGAAUCUCUCGACAAUCCGUGAUCACAUCGGUCGCACUUGUGCCCAAGUAGCUGCACCAAGCCUGGAAAUGUUGAAGCAAACAGCGAACUCUCUAUCAGCCACCGGAUUGCUCUAUCAAAUGGGAGAACAUUUCUUUGUUUCGGUCCCGGCUCAAGUCUCCUCGAAAGAGAAUCGUUCAAUCGAGUGCCAAACUGGUGAAAGUAUCAUCGUGAUUCCCGAAAAAUCAGCUCCAAAACCGAAACAACAAGAGAAGAAAAGACAAGGGAUUUUGUCGAGACUUUUCAGAAGAACUGAGAAUAAAAGGGAAGAGCAAAAGGAAUCAGCCGCUUUCUCAGUUCCAAGCGGUCCUCAAGAAUGGGUUUGCGGGACGAGGAUCCUCCCGGCUCCAUCACCGCCUAAAGCUCCACCACAAUCCAGUGUGCCCACCCAUCCACCACUCAAAAUGGACUACCUGGCAAAUGAGCUUCAACGCCAUCUUGAGACAAAUUACUUGAACGGAAUGAAUCGGAUUGAAACGGCAACAAUCGAUCGGAGAAGAAAAGUACAGAAUAGACGAGCUGAAAGGAGACAAAAAGCACCGUCAUCUAGUCAAAGCAGCUCGGAAUGCUUGAACUAUGGCCCGAUCGAUCCACCAGAAUGCUUGCCGAGAAACGCCGAAUUGAUCGACGACUUGGCGAGGAGGAGAAGGAGAAAUCCGCAAAAACGUGAGAGUCAAUUCCGCGCGUCGACUCCGAUCAUCAACUCUGAUUCAGCCUACAGUCCAUCUCCAGUCACCACCGAGAAUGAGGAAAUACAGAAUCGUUUUAAUAAGAGAUGGAGUGACGAGGGUUGUCCCCUACCCACCUCAGGCGGAUCUGACGGCGAUGUGACGCACACUUACGUGAAUCUUAGAAGAAUUUCCCUUGGCGCACAAAUUGGGCAAAAGGCACCGAUCGUGAGAGCCGACGAAAUGGAGUUCGAUGAUGAAAGGGGCACACAAUCGGAUCCGCAUGAAUCGACACAAUUCGAAGAGUUCACAAUGACAACCAUCGCCCCUCCAUCACCAAUUCCACAACUGCCCCCACCCAGGCGAUACAUUAAUCUCAUCAGCAAUCUU